AUGAAGGACAAUGUUCUAGUCGGGGUUCUUCUGGCGAUAGCAUUCGUCACCCCAGCCUUCGCGUGGUUGUUCUACAUUUGGCAUCGAUCACAUGUGGCCCGAAUGCAUCAAGAAGGCCAAAUCUUCGGCAGAAUAAACAGAGAUCGCACCCAGGCCAACUAUGAGCCCGCGAACAGAGCCCAAGGUCCAAUAUUUGAACCCUACUUUACCACUAGCGGGUGGGUUCGCCCAAAGACCAGAGGAUUAUCCCAUGACCUGCGCCCGCCACAGUAUGUUCACCCCCGGCAGCCCACGUUUACCAGAUACCCGAUUUCUGACCAUCAUUUCCAAGGACCCAACGGAGUGAACAUCCAUAGUCCUCCCCAUACGGUGAACCAGCAGCUGAACCCGUUAUCCAAACGGCAGCAAAGGAAACAACGGGCGCUGCAGAACAGACAAAAGUACCAACAGGAGAGAGAGCAGCAGCAAAGUCAUAAUGAGCAACGAGGCAAGGAGAACCGAUACCAGCGCAAACAGAAAAACAAGAACCAAGGCCAGAACCACCCGAGAUCCCCCACUGCCCAGUCUCCCAAGGCGCAGGGGGGCCAGGGCGAGCAGGACGACUCGUGGGGAAACACAAAAGGACAGAAUGACCGAACUAGCAACCAUGGUGGAAGUGGCUGGGAAAAUGAGGAAGCCAAGCGGGACAACGAAGACAAUACUAGCCAGAACAACAACAAAAACGACCAAGGAGAGAAGAGAAAUAGUGGAUCGGGUUCCCCACGACGAGUCGCACGAGAAAAUCACAAUAGUCCACCGGAAAGGGGCUCUCGAUGGGACAACAACCGCCCUGCGUCUCCGGAUCGAGUGUCAGGAAACGACGCGGAUUUCCUUGGUGGUGCUUGGGGUCAGAGUGACCAUGGAAACAGCCAUUCACGGAGCAACCAUUCCAACGAAGACCACAAUCGCAACGAUGCAUGGGGAGAUGAUGAUACGAAAAGUUACCACAAGGGAAGCAAACGUGACCACGAUGCGUCUCCAGAGCGAAUGUCAAGAGGCCGAUCAAGUCCCAACCGUGACUGGGGAUACAAUAUCCAUGAGGAACGGGGCAACAGCCGCAACAGCCGCAACAGGUCCAGGUCUAACUCUUGGGGACAUGCCGAAGAACGCCGUGGCGGUGGCAGUCCAACCUGGAGUCAAGAUAGAAAUGUGCACCGGGACAAAAAGAAGAAGAAGGAGCGCUGGGAGAUUGAAUUAGAGGCAAAUGCGAAUUUGAAGAGAGGUCGUAGUCGAAGCCGCUCGCCCGAACGCUCGGAUGCAGAAUGGGACAAUCGCAGACAGGCGGACUGGAAAGAGACUCAGAAAUGGUGA